CGGCCAGCAUUCUCUCUCUCUCUCUCUCUCUCUCUCUCUCUAACAUAAUUAGCUAGCUAUCUUUCAAUGGCUUCCACAAAUAUUAUGCCGAACCAAAAUAUGAAACAUGUUUCAUUUUCAGAAAACAUUAGAACAACCCGGUCGCAUUCAUUUGGGCAGGUCCCCCUGCCGAAGAAAACUGAAGAAACCUCUACGGCGGCUAGAGUGUCAGUUGUUGCGGCUUCUCUUGUAGCGACUGCAGCACUGGCUACAGCCAGGCCGAUCAUCAAAACCGGCUCGAGUUUGGCUCAUCUAUGGAGACAGAUUCAAGGCUCAAACGACUGGGAGGAUCUUGUUCAACCAAAAUUGCACCCGCUUCUCCGGGAAGAGAUUGUCCGGUACGGGGAGUUCGUCAACGCGUGUUACAAGGCUUUCGAUCUCGACCCCACCUCAAAACGCUACCUGAAUUGUAAAUACGGGAAGAAGAGUAUGUUCCGGGAAGUCGGGAUGGAGAGCUCCGGUUACGAAGUCACCAAGUACAUCUACGCCACCCCGGACAUCAGUUUUCCAAUCCAAACGGUUGAUUCUUGCGGCCGUUGGAUCGGAUAUGUUGCGGUUUCCUCCGACGAAUCCGUUAGACGGCUCGGAAGAAGAGAUGUAGUCAUUACUUUCAGAGGAACAGUCACUAAUCCCGAAUGGAUAGCAAACCUAAUGAGCUCACUGACUCCGGCACGUCUCGACCCGCAUAAUAACCGGCCGGACGUGAAGGUGGAGGCUGGAUUUCUCAGCCUGUACACUUCCGACGAGAGCGAAUGCAAAUUCGGGCUCGGAAGUUGCCGUGAACAGCUUCUCUCCGAAGUAUCCCGGCUUUUAACAAAGUACAAAGGCGAGGAGCUUAGCAUAACAGUGGCGGGGCAUAGCAUGGGGAGCUCGCUAGCUCUUCUUCUUGCUUACGACAUCGCCGAGCUCGGAUUGAACAAAGAGAAAACACCCAUCACAGUGUUUUCGUUCGGCGGCCCGAGAGUGGGAAAUUCCGGCUUCAAGCAACGGUGCGAGGAAUUGGGUGUUAAAGUAUUAAGAAUAGUCAACGUGAACGACCCGAUCACAAAGAUGCCCGGGGUUGUAUUUAACGAGAAUUUUAGGGUUUUGGGAGGAAGAUAUGAGUUCCCAUGGAGCUGCUCGUGUUAUGCUCAUGUGGGUGUUGAAUUAGUCCUUGACUUCUUCAACGUCCAGAAUCUUUCAUGUGUUCAUGAUUUGGAGACCUAUAUCAGCUUACUCAAAUGCCCGAAACGACUACGCAUUGAAAGGGAUAGUACUACUGUAGAUAUACUCAACAGAGCCAGAGAGAUGCUCAUGGGUGCUCAACAGUUUAACCUGUUGCCGUGGAGAAGUUCUGCCACCGAUACAGUAAACUUUGUUCAGUCACAAAAGACAUAA